AUGUCCUUGCGCGGCCCCAUGCGGCGGUCGCAUCUGCGGCAGGUGAGCGCGGCGAGCUUGGAGAGCAGCUCCACCCAUUCACUGGAGGCAUCUCAUCACCGUGACCAUGAUCAUGAUGCAACCACGGACGAGAGAACUGUCAGGCUGUCUUCAACAAGUUUGGUUCGGCACCAAUGUGCGCUGUGGGUACACGAUGAAAUGUUCUCCCGUGAAGAGGUUUUGUUAAACCCCUCGGCUUUCGGCGAAUCCGGAGUCCAAGUUGGGGAUGUUGUCGAGAUUCUGCCCGUUCGAGCAUCUGGCGACAUGAACAAUUACUCUUUGAAGUCCGAGGCUGUUUCAAAAUCCACACGUGAGAGUCACGCCGACAUGAACUCGUCAUCUCAGACGGACAGCAGCUCGAAAUUCAAGACUCCCUUGCAGAGCCGGUGUCUAUUCGUGGUGAAAGCCCUCCCGCCCGAAAUUAAGGCUCGUCACCCACAGCUGGAGAUUUCUGUGACCAACAAUGUCGCCAAUAUCUUUGGCUUCAAGAACAGGACGCAAGUUCUCCUGUCGAUUGUAGACCGCGAACAAUGCGCGGCGUCUCAUGUUGAUAUCGCAUUUCGCGACCAGUACUUGGUCCGCUCUGACAUGUGGAGACUCGUCAUGUCGGAACUGGCAGAUAAAAUUGUCUACAAGGGACAGAAGAUCAUGUUCAUGGGAAGCAUCAAAGCCACUGUCAAGAAUAUCUUCAUUCGGGAGAAGAAGUGCCUCUCGGGAUACUUUGCUCCAAGUACUAUCCCGGUUUUCCGAAGCGAGUCUGCCAAAUAUGUCCUGUUCAUUCAGAUGUCAAGGGAAAUGUGGGAUUUCGAUUCCGAAGGCACCGGAGAUAUCUUGUUCAGUCGAGUUAUCAACGGCUUCUUGCCAGAGCUCUUCAAGAGAUGGGCCAAUUCUGAUGCAAAGCACCUGGUGACUAUUGUAUUAUUCACUCGAGUCGAAUACGAUGCGCCCACUCACACCAGCCAAGCUAAACUCAGCACUGGGAAUCUCAGCACCAAAUCUGGACCGAACAAAAGCCCGACCCGAGACUUCUAUCGCGUGGUAGUCAAUGAUAUGGCAAGUGGUCACUGGACAACCAUUCUUGACGAGCUCAAAAGAGAAUUUAGAACCUUCUUGCGAGAUGUCUCAAUCCUGAAAUCGGAUGACGUUGAGGCUGCAUCUGGAAGUGGCAUUAAGAUACCUUCUAAACCACACAUGGCAACCAUUGCCGGACAUCCCAGCACAGCCUUACGAGGAAAUAUUUUAGAGGCCAUCCACCUUGCCUCUGCUCAUUUAGCUUUCGAUCACAUCGAUCGGGACAUGGUUCACACUGGUACUUCAAUCAUCGUCAUUACGCCUGGUAGUGGCGUUUUCGAGGUCUCGUACGAGUCCUUGGCCUCUACAACGGAGGCACUUGCAAAUCGUGGCAUAGCCAUUGAUCUGGUCUGUCUGAGUCCCAUGCCUCUUCACUCCGUGCCGUUGUUUAAAUACAAGGAACCGGUGGAGCAGCCAUCGGGUGUAACAGGAGAACCUAGUCCUGGUGACAUUCGAAGAAACAUUCCUUCACCUGAGAUACAUCAUUCCCUAUCAAGUGUUGUUAGCAGAUCAUCUUACCUCUCCCCCAGCUCAUAUCUGUCUGCAACAAGAAUGAGGGAACGUGCGGCUCCUCAGGCCAAAGGGUGGAGCUUCGGUAUUCCACAUUGGCUUGAUAUUUCCUACUGGAACCCUGAAACCUACCGAGAGGCUCGAAGAAUCCUGAAGAAAGACCCCAAUGCCCCAAUUUCGUCAACUGUCACUCGACCAUCCAAGGCAUUUACACCACGAGUACGCAUGUAUGAGAUUCAAAUGAUGGGGGUCAUGGAGAGUGAACAGUCAAAUAUCUCGAUCCCAUAUCUUGCCGAAGGACGUGGUGGAGCGAGGCCUCGUGCAUCCUGGCCAGGAUACGGCCAGUUAAGCCGUCCUUCCCCUAAGACCCGUUUCGCCAAUUCUUCGUCUUUGAAGGCGCCAUACAGUGACAGUCUACGACCAGGGUCGUUCAUUCAAAAUGCUUCUUCAAACUCAGCAGACUCGCAAACCCAAGAACCCCAGAACUCACGUAAGUCCGUGAUGGCUUGGAUGGACCAAUACGAUGAAAACAUCUUUACUCUCUCCCCGAAAAAGCGUCAAAUUCACAGAACCACCAGGCAAAAGCGACCUAGUGAAACGGAAGUCCAGGCCGCCGGUGCUGGAGUGCAUGAACGGCUUUCUGCCCGCUCAAUUAUGCGACUCCGUGAUCAUGAAACAAAUCCAGCAGAGGACGAUGAGUCUUCGCUCCCCGGGCCUCGAAGGAUUGACUCCAUGACAACGAUAACACCCAAAGGCCCGGGCUCGAUCAAGAGCAUGUCUCCCAAGAAGCCAGCAUUGAAGAAGACGCCGGCGGCAAAGACCUCGCGGAUUUCCAAGACCAUUAGUUUCGCGCUUCGAGGUCUAAGUGCCACUCCCCAAGAGCCCAAGCAAGCACAGGAAUCAAUGUGGAGCAUGCGAGUGCGUUGCCCGCUGUGGUAUCCAGAACUCCAGCUGGAAACAACGUCCACUCAAACUGCCAUUGAUGUGCCUUCAAGACCUCCUUCGCCCGGAAAGACUUCACAGCCUCACUCCAAGCCAAUUUCCAUCAAGAUCCCCCCGAAAAAUCCGCCAAAGGAAAUAGAGCAACCAGAGCGCGUAGGAACCCAUGGAUCAUUAUCGACGUCUGCAGCAGAGAUACCAGCUCACGAAGUUGGUCGUAAUCAAAAGGAAGGCUCGUACCGGGAUCACAAGGUUGAGAUCAAACUCAACCACAGUCCACGCGAGCCAUCUGCGCGCAACUCACCAAGCAAAGCUUUAUCUCCUUGGGUUCGCUCGGUCAACCCUUGUAACACUCCCAAGGAUGUACUGCGAGAUACUAGCUGGUUUGGCCGUUGGCAACACGCCUAUCCACGGCCACCGCAUGUGGCUGUCGUCAAGUGGAAAAGUUUGAAAUCCCCUGCAGUGCUUCCAUUGACGACCGAGGAACUACCGACAGCCAGUGUGCUUGCUUCGGAUUAUCUGCAAACUCCAUAUCGUGUCUUUCCAAAUGAAGACUCGGAGGGCAUAGAGGCACCUAAGACACGGGGUGUUCUUAUACGGGAAAUGAUCUCACUGCGACUCUCUCACGGGUUCCAGAUCGUUGUUGGAAAGAAUGUGGCCGAAGUAUCAGGACAGCCAGCCCUUGAGUCAUUGAACGUUUUCGACUCUCGGGGACUAGAACGAGACGGCCUGACCGUGUUCCUAUCUAAGGGCAACACUAUUCACCGACUUGUCUGCGUUCAAGGAGGAGAGGUGGAAGUGACACGAUUCACCCAUCAAAACUCUGCUAUGCUCAUAUGCCCUAAGAAGACCACCUUCACUCUCUACCAACCGGCCAUGAAGACAAUUCUAAGCCCGGAAUACGAAAACAAAGACAUUAAACUGGAUCCAACCGCCGAAGAGUACAAUUGGAACUAUGCCGACAACUACGUGGCUGGUCACCGAGACUACCUCCAGAAUCCGGCACAGCAACUGCAUUUCUGGCGAGUUCGUUAUGUGCUCAUUCCGCUCCAACUUUAUCCCAGUUCGCGGCGCCGUCUGCAGUCUUUCAAUGAGGACAACGAAGAAGAAAUUCAUUUGCUUGGUAUCAGCCAGCUGACACACAUCUGGCAACGGUACAAGUAUGUGUCGCCGGAAGAAAAGCUUUUCGAGACAUCGAAUCCCAAGACAGAUCAAAACCCCCUCAACAUCAUGUACCAAACACGCAAUCCAUCAGAGAUUGUUACAGCAGAAUUGGAUCGAUUGCUUCUCACUGAUCCAGGUCUUGACAAUGCCCCAGCUCAGCUCUUACCAGAGUCGGAACUGCUGGAGAGAUCAAGCAUCAGUCUUUCAUCGCUAGCGCAAAUCAUUCAAGGCGAGAAAGGUGUGCGGAUGAUGGAUCGACGGUGGCAUUGGAGACUGCACUACAACUGUUUCAUUGGCUUUGAAUUCACCACCUGGCUUUUGCAAAACUUGCGUGAUAUUGAUACCCGCGAAGAAGCAGUCGAGUUUGGAAACGAGUUGAUGAAGCAUGGUCUGUUCCAGCAUGUAGAGAAGAGACACAACUUCCGAGAUGGCAAUUACUUCUACCAGGUCUGUGCCGAUUACCGCGUCACUCGUCCAGAGUCUCGAGGGAGUUGGUUCCCUCAGCUCAGAGCAGAUAAAUCGAUGCCAUCAACGCCAGCGAUUGGAACUGCAAAAGACUCUCCUACUAGCCUUCAUGCGCGAUCAGACAGCAUCGAUGAGCGCAUACCGCAAACACCCAGUACUCCCUCCAAAGCCAAGAACAAAGUCGCCAUCAUGUUGUCCAAAUCGAUGAAAUAUGAUGUCGAUCCGCGCAAACGGUCCAACCGACCAGAAGUCAUCGACCUCCACUAUGACCGACUGCACAAUCCCGAGAACUGCUUCCACAUCGAGCUCAGCUGGAUGAGCACGACCCCGAAGCUGAUCGAAGACACGGUACUCUCAUGGGCCUCGACAGCCGAGAAAUUCGGUCUCAAGCUAGUCCAAGUACCGAUCGCCGAAGGCUGCGCCAUCGACAAAACCCAACCAUUCCGCAAACCCUACGAGAUCAAGCUGAAGCUCCCACCUCCAAAGGCGCCCCUCCACACGGUAUUCAACAACGCGUCAUUCGCGCAACCGGGUCCCCCCGACCCUAAUUACUACCAGAAGGCAAUAUUGCGUAAAUUCGACUUCGUCCUAGAUUUCGAAGCAUGCUCCGCAUUCCCAGCAGACGUGGAAGUCUCCUACUCAUGGGGAAAGCCAGACUAUCUGUACCCGCAAUUCAUCCACCGAACAGGCAGCAUCCUAGCCCAGAUCACCAACGAAGGCAACUUUCUCCUGUUAGCCAACCGACUCGUGAGCACGCGCGGAACAGCAGGUCGGGAUCCAGGCCGCUUCGACCACAGUCGACCCGACUUUCGAGGCCGCGCAACGACAACCCAUGAUAACCUCGAUCGUGUCUCGCCUCGCCUGUCCCCGGUUACACGACCUGUCCACGACAUUGGCAGUCCGAUGACCGCAUCCGGAUCCUUGAGCAUCGACUCUGCAAACCUCUAUCGCGCCCCAGAGUAUAUCCUCAACGGCCUGGUUGAGUUCUGCAGCGAUGAAGCACAGCUGAAGCAGUUCUACUCGGAGUCGCAUGUUCGUCCCGCUUCGACAAAGGUGGAGCCUGCUACUACGAACCUGAUGGAUGCGUCGAUCCCGUCACUGGAGCUUCCGGCUAGUGUGGUCAGUCAUCAUAUCUCGCCGCCGCCGGGAUUGCCGUCUCGUGUGACGCAUGAUUCGCGUGAGGGAUUGAAGUCGCCGGAAAUCACGCGGGCUAGGGCUCGUGCUGAAAGUCUUAGCUAUAAGGAUAGUCCUAGAAGUGGGAGUCUGCGACCUUUGAUGUAA